GCCAAUUGUUGGGUGGUUUUCACAGGGUUUUUGUCUUUCAUCCUCAUCUCUCAACUCUCAUUCUUCAUCUUUUCAAAUAUUUCUAGACAGAGAAACAAACAAAUUAUUUCUAGAGAGAGAAAAUCAACAAACGCUUGCGUCUCAAACACAAGUUCCUGAUCAAAAUUCAUCAAUCAAACUCAUGGGUUUUGCUUGUUACCCAAUCUUGUGAAUUGGGUUUGUGGGUUUUCGAUUAUCCAUUCGUACAUUUUGUAGAAUUGAUGGAAUAAAUUCGAUCAAGAAACAGAAUCUUGAAGAAAUUGUGUUGGUGAAUUCUUGAACAAAUCGCGGGUUUAUCACAGAUCGACCGAAGAUGGCGUGAAUUGUUUGUUAAGAUCGUUGAUAACCGAGAUAUGGUGUUGCAAAAGCGGUUAGAAUAUGGUUUUAACGGUUAUCAGGUCCCCCCGACUCCUCGGGCUCCCAGAUCAGCCAGGAAGAGGGUUUCGUCGUGGAAGAAAAACGAGGAUCAUAAUCGAAUGUGCGCGUUCGACUUACUAGCCACUGUCGCUGGCAAGUUAUUGUUGGAGGUUGAUGAAUCGGUUGAUAAGAAAAACCAUGAGGAAGUUAAAACUGUUAACAAGUGUCACGAGUCUACAAUCAAGACUGAAAACGGCUCUUCGAAACCAAACGUUUGUGAUCAAGGAAGCUGCAAUAAGAGCUUUUUCGUGUCGGAGAUUAUAAAAUCUCCUGUAACCGACACUUGUUCCGGGCCUGCUUCCGGCAUUACAAUUUCCGAUUGUAAAAUAGAGGAUAUAAACCAUAAACAAAUGAACAUCGACCCGCCUGUUGUUAAUAAUGUAGAUUGUAAUUUGAAUUUAGUUAUUAGAGACGAUGAUGAAAAAUCUUACGGGCCCACUCAGCCCGAUACCCUAAACAACAAAGCGUUUAGGGCCCGACCCCGUAUUGGUGACCGAAGAAUUAGGAGGUUAUCUGCAUCCAAACAGUGUGAUGUGUACCGUAACAAGAAAAACGGUUAUAAGUAUCAAAGACCGUUAAGGGAUUAUCCGUUCAAGAAACGAAGACUUUAUCAGUUGGAUAAUCCUUCCAAUUCGGAUAACAAAUCUGGAUUUAUCGAAGACGGUUCUAGUUUGGAUGCAACUUCUCAAGAUUCACAUGUGAAGCUGAAGAUCAAGUCUUUCAGAGUACCUGAGUUUUUCAUUGAAAUACCAGAAACCGCAACCAUUAGUUCUCUAAAGAGGACUGUUAUGGAGGCUGUGACGGCUAUAUUUAGCGGUGAGUUACAUGUCGGUGUGAUGCUUCAGGGGAAACGAAUUAGAGAUGACGAUAAAACUUUGUCGCAAACCGGUAUUUGCCAUGAUAAUAAGCUCGACGCGCUUGGUUUCACCUUGGAGCCUAACGAAUUACAAGUUUCGCCGUUUUUAUGCCCUGAGAAUCAGUCAUUAACUAGGUAUUCGCCACCUCAGACGGUAGCUAACGAAGUAGCAUUCCAGCAGCAGGCGGAAUCGCCAAUGACGAUUUCUAGGAACAUAACUGAAAGUGAUCAUGAGAUGUCAGUGGAUGAUAGAAGUGGUUUGGAUUCAAGGGCGUUAGUGACGGUUCCGGAUAGUAACGCGGGUGAGCUGGCGGUGGUCCCCGUGAGGAAGCCAAAGGGAGCUGAGGUGGCACAACGCAGGAUUCGGCGUCCGUUUUCUGUUUCCGAAGUGGAAGCUUUAGUCGAAGCUGUUGAGAAGCUUGGAACAGGAAGAUGGCGUGACGUUAAGUUACGCGCUUUUGAUGACGCAAAGCACCGGACUUAUGUGGACUUGAAGGACAAGUGGAAAACACUGGUGCACACGGCUAGAAUAUCACCGCAGCAAAGGAGAGGUGAGCCGGUGCCUCAAGAACUGUUAGACCGGGUGUUAAUCGCGCAUGGGUACUGGUCCCAUCAACAAGCCAAAAACCAGUUAAAGUUGAACCAUCAUCAGCUGGAUUCAACGCCAACUUGCCGACUUCUCUAAAAGGAAUAUCGUAACAUGUACAGUAAGAUUCUUUCCUUUUACAGUUCGCGUUUAAGCGAGCCAUCCGUCGCUAACAACUUUAGCUUGGCAUGUGUAGCAGUAGCCGCACGACCAGAUGGACAUGGGUUUGAGCCGUGGUGCACCGGGGUCGAACCCUUAUCUUGAUUUGGUAGCUGUGUUCUUUCUAAUUCAGUUUUUUUUUUUUUUUUUUUUUUUUUUUUUUUUUUUUUUUUGGGAUGUAAAAAAUUGACAAAAGGGUGGACAGACAACAAAGAGGUUGUGUAGUUUUGUUAUUAUGGUAGAGAUGGAAUAAAGAUGUUGAUUUAAGAUAAGACAUCAUAUUCAUAUUCUUUAUCAAAGUGUCAAUUA